CACGUGUGACCGGGGCGGGCUGGGCGCCGGCUGGGCUAGCGGGCUCUCCCCUGCCGCUGUGGGCAGACCCGGCCGCGGCGCCAUGGCGCUGGCCCUCGCCCUGGGGCUGUGCUGGGGGGCGCUGGCGGCGGCGGCGGGGGAGCCCCACAGCUUGGACGUCCUGAUCACCGGGCUGAACGAGCUGGGCGGGACUCACAGGUUCUUCAUGCUCGCCAAGCUGGACGGUCUGGAGCUCGCCUCCUACAGCAGCGACACCCGAGAGCUGAAACCCCUGAAGGAGUGGGCGGUGCAGGCCGUUGGCGUGAGAUAUUUAAGGAAGAAGACCGAGGAGUUCAGGCUCUACGAGGCCAUCUCCCGAGUGGUGACUCACCGGUGGAUGGCGCAGCACAACCAGACCGGCGGGAUCCACACCCUGCAGCUCCACGUGAACUGUGCGCUGGACGGGGACACCCCCGUGCGAGGCCACUUUCGCUUUGCUUUCGACGGGCAGGAUUUCCUCGUCCUGGAGAGAAACCAAUCCACGUGGGUGCCGCUGGCGCCCGGAGCCCUCAACGAGACGCUCUACUGGGACGCCGGUCACAGCUGGACCCUGUUUGCAAAGGAGUUCCUGCAGGAGGAGUGCGUGGCCACCCUGAGGAGCCUGCUGCGGGGCGGGACGGAGGCCCUGGGACGGCAGGUCCCCCCAGGGAUGUCGGUGACCUACAGAGACACUCCCCAUGGCUCCACCACCCUCUCCUGCCACGCCAGGGGCUUUUACCCGCGUCCCAUCCGCGUCUCCUGGGUGCGGGACGGGGCGGAGAUCCUGCCGCCCAGGAACGCCAGCGGGAUCCUGCCCAACGCUGACGGCACCUACCAGAUGCAGCAGUCCCUGGAGAUCCCCCCGCGGUGGGGCCACGGCUACGCCUGCCGGGUGGAGCACAGCAGCCUGGGGGAGCCGGGGCUCACCACGGGUCUCCCCGAGGUCUCGGUUUCCCGCAGAGACGCCCCUGACGGCUCCGCCACCCUCUCCUGCCGCGCCAGGGGCUUUGACCCACAUCCCAUCCGCGUCUUCUGGGUGCGGGACGGGAAGGAGACCCCGGCGCCCCCCAUCAGCGACCCGUCCCAGCUCCAGAGGUCCGUGGGGAUCCCACAGCAGGGCGGGGACGGGCACAGCUACUCCUGCCGAGUGCAGCACCGCGGCCUGCAGGAGGCGCUAGCGACCACGGCGCCCGGGGAGCUGGGGGGCCUGGCCCCCGGGAUCCUGGCCACCCUCAGCCUUGCUGCGCUGACUGGGGCCGGUGCCGCGGUGGCUGGUUUCGUGGUGUGGAGGAAAAAGCGCUCGGACUCCGGCAGAAGCGGCUUCACCCCGACUGCCAGAGAGGACCCCGCGCCCAGCCCGGACCCUGCUUGCCAACCUCAGACCACGCCUGUGUGACGGGCCGGGCGCCCAGUCACCCCACAGCCCCUGCCGGCCCGGACCCCGCCAACCAGCGUCGGACCCUGCCGGUGUGAGAGGCCGGGCGCUGCUCAGCCGGACUGGAGAUAAGGCGCCAAGUUUUGCCAGUGAGGGGGAUAACAGAAGCGUGGUGGAAUAGUAGUCAUAACCGGAGUGCGGGUAUCGAAGGGUAGGUGCUGUUUAGGAAAGACCGAAACGAAGGUAAAGGUGGUGGAGCAGCAUUGUACAUCAAUGAGGAGGUCGAAUGUAAAGCAAUACAAAGCGAUGGAAUGGA